UGAAGGGACCGAGACAUGGAUGCUGGCUCAGAGGCCUGGGACAGGCAGCUGCUGGAUGAGGACACUUUCACCGAGAACUUCCACAAUGAUAGGAGGGUGUGCAAGACCUACCUGUGCUACGAGGUGGAGCAUCCCGGUCAGGGAUCCGGGAUUCCUCCGGGCCAGGACAAGGGCGUCCUGCGCAAUAAGAGUGACCAGGACCCCAGGCUCUCCCGCCACGCGGAGUCCUUCCUGCUGGAGCAGAUCCAGUCCUGGAACCUGAACCCGGAACACCAGUACAGGGUCACCUGCUUUCUCUCCUGGAGCCCCUGUGCUGACUGUGCCCAGCGUAUGGCUGAGUUUCUGGGGAACAACAGUCACGUGAGCCUGAACCUCUAUGCCUCCCGCAUCUACAGCCUGGGAAGCUAUGAGCAGGGGCUGUGCACCCUGAAGAGGGCUGGGGCCAGCAUCGCCAUCAUGACCGCCAGGGAGUUUGAGCACUGCUGGGACACCUUCGUGCUCCACCAGGGAAGAAGCUUCCAGCCCUGGAAGAGUCUGGACAAGGAGAGUCAGAAAUUCUCUGAGACCCUGCAGGACAUUCUCAAGAUCCCCUCCAAGCGCCUGUCUUCUCCUGCUGGACUCCUGGGGCCCCAGUGGCAGCUGCCCCCAGACAGAAGCUCCUCUAGCCGGCGUGGCCUAGACCCGGGGCGGGAGAGAGAGGGAACAGACCGGACAACUUCAGAGCCUCUUGAGCAGCCUGGCACGGAGGAGGCCAUGUGCGCGGGCAGCGGGGGCCUCCGCAGAGUGGAGAGUGGAAAUGCAGCCACCCGAGGGCCCUCCCCCCCAACCCCACCCCCAGGCCAAAGCAGGAAGGAGGUGGGGCAUCCCCGCAGUGGCCUGGGAGGUAUCGGAUCUGGGAGCUUUCCUAAAGCAAGGCUGGUGAGAGGAAUGGAUCCCUGGCACCAUGACCCAAGAGACCCCCUGGAGAAGAUAAGUCCUGGAACCUUCUUCUUCCACUUCCCAAGCCUGUGCUAUGCUUCAGGGCGGAAACUCUGCUACCUCUGUUUCCAAGUGGAAGGAGAGGGGGAGGAGGACUCCUGGUAUGACUUGGGGGUCUUUCAAAACAAGGUCUAUCCCCAGGCUCCCUGCCACGCAGAAGCCUGCUUCCUCUCUUGGUUCCGUGACCAGAAUCUGCCCCCUGAAGGGCAUUACCGUGUCACCUGGUUCUUAUCCUGGAGCCCCUGCCCCACCUGUGCAGAGGAUGUGGUUGAGUUCCUGGAGGAAUACAGGAACGUCACGCUGAGCAUCUAUACUGCCCGCCUCUACUACUUCUGGGACCCAGAUUUCCAGGAUGGGCUCCACAACCUGUGGAGUGCAGGGGUCGAUCUGGAUAUCAUGUCGUUUGAAGAUUAUGAAUACUGUUGGGAAACCUUUGUGGACCACAAGGGGAUGCACUUCCAGAGUUGGGAUCUAUUAAGAGAUAAUGAUUUGCUGGCUGAAGAGCUCGAGAAUAUUCUUAGAAGCACAAUGAAUCCACUACGACGAGAAAUAUUCUACCAUCAGUUCGGCAACCAGCCCCGGGCCCCGAAGCCCUACCGCCGGAGGAAGACCUACCUGUGCUACCAGCUGAAGCCACAUGAGGGCCCCAUAAUGGCCCGAGUCUGCCUUCAAAACAAGAAAAAGCGCCAUGCAGAAAUCCGCUUUAUUGACAAUAUCAGGGCACAGCAGCUGGACCAGUCCCAGAGAUUGGAAAUCACCUGCUACCUGACGUGGAGCCCCUGCCCCACCUGUGCGGAGGAACUGGCUGUGUUUGUCCAAGACCAUCCCCACAUCAGCCUGCGGCUCUUUGCCUCCCGCCUGUAUUUCCACUGGCGCUGGAAGUAUCAGAAGGGGCUGAGUCGUCUGCAUAGCUCCAGGAUCCCAGUGGCCGUCAUGAGACUCCAGGAGUUUGAGGACUGUUGGAGGAAUUUUGUAGACAACCAGGGCGAUCCUUUCCAGCCCUGGAACAAGCUGGAACAGUACAGUAAAAGCAUAACUCGUCGGCUUCAGAGGAUCCUUGAGCACCCCCAGAAUAAUUUAGAGAAUAACUUCAGAAAUUUGCACAUUUGAGAACCAUCAAUCCCCUACCACAUUCCUGGAGCAACUCAGUGCUUCACAAACUGCUGAUUUUAGCAGCAACUUGUGAGUUCCACGGGCACACCUGAGCCUCCCCUGAGUCCGGAAAACCUUCCUUUCCUCCUUCGGUUCUUUUGUUUGUUUGUUUCUUUCUUUCUUUCUUUUUUUUUAAUAUGUAUUUUUAUAACUGAAAAAAUAAACAUAAUUUUUAAGUCCAUAAAAGUUGGGUUCCUUUCUAAAAGGGAAAUCAGGACUUGUCCCCAUAAAAUAAUGACUACAAAGGCCUUUUUAUCCUACUACACCAAGAAAAAAAAUGUGUUUGAGAAUUCCCUCUGGAGUCUAGAAUAGUUGGGUCAUGUUGUCAUCCCAGUAUUCUCUGUUCCUUCUCAGUAUCUACUGUGUGUCUAAAUAAAUAAGAUGAAACUGUUGAGGCCAUGCAGUUGCUCACUGAACUGAAUAAAACCAGUUGGAACAGUG